GGGUGGUUGUUUGGGUAGGGACUCGUUUGGCUGCUGCACACAACACACAGCAUGGAGGACGUAUGAGGAUGUCCUACAACGGUUCAUGGUAUACCCCACUCAAGAAGCAUCAGGGAUCCGUUAUCAUAAACGGAUGGCAUUGACACUAUAGUGUCUUGAUUCAGAGGGGUGUGAAGAUGUGGUGUCUGAGGCUGGGCAUAUUGUUGCCUGUACCGCUGUUCCACGCUGCCCCACGUCAUGGCCUCCAUAAACUGGCCUCUGUCCAGUCUGCCUCAACGCUGCCAAAGCGCAAGUUUCAAGGCCUGCUGUACCCCUUCAGUGUGCUGGACCCCUACCUCGACAGGUCGGUGGACAGGACUAACUUCCAGUUGUUUCAGCCCUGCUUGGAGGACAUAGUGAAAGCUGAGCAGCUCUUCCACCCAAGCCGGUCUAAUCAAAUCGAUUACCUGAGUUCUGCAGUGAGGAUGGACCAUGUGCCUGCCCUAACACAACCAGAGGUGUGCUUCAUUGGGAGAAGCAAUGUUGGCAAGUCAUCUCUGAUCAGAGCUCUGUUCUCCCUGAGCCCCGAGGUGGAGGUCAGAGUAUCCAAGACACCAGGACACACCAAAAAGAUGAACUUCUUCAAAGUGGGGAAGGCGUUCAGCAUAGUGGACAUGCCAGGCUACGGACACAGAGCUCCCACAGACUUUGUUGACAUGGUGGAGCCCUACCUGGAAACAAGGAGCAAUCUGGUGAGGACAUUCCUAUUGGUGGAUGGUAGUAUUGGUAUCCAAAAGGCUGACUUUAUUGCCUUGGAAAUGUGUGAGGAGAUGAGGCGGCCGUACGUGAUAGUGGUCACCAAGAUCGAUAAGUGUGGCCACGGAGCCCUGCUGACCAACCUGUUGAGUCUCCAGGAUGUUGUGAGGGACCGCACCUCCAGCUGCUUCCCCCAGCCCAUUCUGGUCAGUUCCCACCACUUCUCGGGGAUCUACCUGUUAAGGUGCUUCAUCGCUCACGUCGCUGGGAAGGUUGAACUGUCCAACACCGCCGAGGGCCAAGCCAAACAUCAUUUGUGCAACCAUGUGAACUAAGAUAUUGUAUAAACACGCAUUUAUUGAUGUUUUUGUUCAUAAUAAUAUUAAUUAAGUAUGUCAUUAACGCUCUCUCUCUUGCCUGUAUUUUGUAUCUCUCACACUCACUGAUGUCUCUCAUUCUAUAUUUUUCUCUAGUCUCACUCAUACUCAUCUCUUGCUUACACUAUGAUGAGGAUCAUUGUUAAAAAAUCUAAAAGAUGCAGUAAACAGGAUUUACAUUUAAGCUAUUUUGUAAACAUGUUGGAUUUAUUGAAUAAAUGAAAACUCUAAAUA